AUGGCGCGCCCAAGCAAGGCCAAAUCGCCAACCCCGAAGCACGCCAAAUUUGCAGUGUUUGAGGAUGCAGUCGACUCCAGCAUUCCGAUGCCGACGCCAAAUUCUUCCCGCCAACCUUCUUCUUCCAACCCCAAAGACGAUUCAGAGUUCGAUUCUGAAUUAGACGUUAGCGAAUACUCGCAAGAAAGGCAGCAGCAGUUGGAAGAUAUUACUGAGAUCACUGAGGAUGUCACUCCAUCUAGCAUACUCGACGAGCAAACGGAUAUGGAAGUCGACAACGAUGAGGAAGAUAUCGAUCGCCGAGAGUCAGCUCUUACACGAGGAGCAUCGAUAUCUUCUCUCCCAGAGUCCUCCAUGUUUGAUACCGACUACGAUGAGUCAAUGAUGCCGGCCAUGCACCAUCCAUACACUCCACCCUCCAACCGGCCUACAUUCAGAAGACCAGAGUCUGUCCGCAGACCGCAACCAAUGGGUUCACCUACGCCGUAUGAGAGAAGCAGUCCACGACGAUCAGCUCUGCGUGUAAGGUCCAAAAUUGGCACGCCUCGGUCUGUAAAGCAGAGUCCCCGAUCGAGAGUACAUCGUCAGCAAGAGGGUGUCGAGAUGGAGGAAAAGGAGUAUCCAUUGGUAUUGCUACAUGUGACWCUACUUCCCAUUGAGUUACGUUGGAGUGCCGAGAGCAUGCUGGAAGUGCUCCCGUCGAGCGUGAUUGAGAACCUGCAGCUUCUACGAUCGAAGGUGUCGGAGACUAUCCUUCAUCGCGGGAUUCUGAUUCCGCAUCCUCGAGAGGAAUACGAACUACUGGAGGAUCGACUUCUCGAAGCGCUGGAGCUUAGGGAGGAGAAAGUGACCAAGUGCGGACACUUUCGUGCAAUCUCCACGUCCACUGACGAAGGUAGCGUUGAGAGCACCGACUCUGGCGUUGCGUUCCGACUUGAGGACGAAGAUCUAAAUCAGUGCGCGACGUGCAACGGUCCUAUCAAAAGUGCCAAUGCUGCAAUUGAUAGGAGUGGUAGGAAGUGGAGCAUCAAAGUCUUUGCGGCCAACGGCUUGAUGCGCGCCCCGUCUUGGACUGCGGCUUGGUCUGAGAUGGAGAGAGUUGAUGUUGAGAUACUGCCUUGGAUCAGUGAGAGUUUGCGCAAGAAACUCGAUGCCCUGGCAGAGCGUGAGGAAGGGGACGAUCGUCGACGCCGAGAGGAAGAGGAGGCACACAUCAGGGAGGUCGUGGAGGAGCAGGUUCGCAUCGCGCAUGAAGAAAGGAAAAGGGCAGAUGAAGAGGAGCGGGCGCGAUACAUCCAGCACAACACGGCCUCGCUUGAGUCACCUCCAGGAGCUGUUCAGAGGACUUUGGCAAAUGAUUCCGAUCUUCCAAAGGUGUUUCGAACGGCGGACAUUCCGCUUUCGAUGCUAUUGAAGAAUUAUCUCUUCCUCCUCGCUCAGGACAAGCGUAAUGUUGCGAUGUUUGUGUUGGCCUUGGUCGCCGUCUGGAUGAGCUUACGAGCUGCUGUAUCGCAAGGUCCGAUGCUAGAUCUCAGCCCUCUACCUUCGACUUGCGGGCAAGUACUACCCCAGACAAUGGUGUCCGAACUCAACAAUUACUCCGCGGUGACGAGCAACAUAGAGGCACUCGGAACUUCGCUUGAUGUCCCCACUGAGGUCGAGGAAGCGAAGGCUUCCAUCAGCAAACCACAGACCAAGGAGUCCGAGAUUGACAGCGCUGUCCUUGAGGAAGUUCGGAGGCCGACUGAAAAGGAUGUUCUGUCCUCGAUCUCGACCUCCGCAUUUCCAUUGGAUCUGAAGGUGAUGCCCGUGAAGUCGCCUCGGGACGAUGCUCCGUCACGUCCUGAUGAGAACACUCAGCAGGUAUGCGUCAACUCCGACUUGGUUGGCGAGAUCUUCGCUCCUGGGAUUUGCCUGCCUAGGCUGAGCAAUGGAGGGGAUAUGGUGUAG